CACCCAGCAGGCGGCGACACGGCCCUGCAGGACUGUCUGCGGUCCUCCAGUAACCAGAGAAGAAGAAGAAGGAGCAGCAGCAGAAGAAGAAGCAGCAGAGGCUCCAGUUCCGGUUUGCGGGGCUCCCUGUUACCGUGGAGACUGCUGUUACCAUGGAGACCCAGACCACUGUCUCCUCCUCCUGUCCCGUAGCCCCGCCCCCUCCUAACGAAGGCUUAACAAAGCCCGCCGUGCGGCGCGUUCGCCGAGCGGCCAGCAGAGGGAGGCGGGGCCAGAGGCAGAAGAGGCGGGGUCAGGGGGAGAAGAGGCGGGGCCAGAGGGACAAGAGGCGGGGCCAGAGAGGGAGGCGGUCCGAGGAAGAGGAAGACGAGAGAGAGAGGAGGGAGGGCGUGACGGUGAAGCGGUGCUGGGGCGGUGGGCGGCGGCGAUGGGACAAGAGACAUUACUGUGUUUUCUGCCGGAGGCCGCAGGUGAAGAUGGCUCGCCACCUGCUCCAGAAGCACAGGGACCAGCAGGAAGUGGCCCAGGCCAGCUCUCUGCCCACAGGAUCCAAACAGCGCCACCUGCUGCUGGAGCAGCUGCGCUGCAGGGGAAACUACCUGCACAACAUCGAGGUGAUCAGACAGGGCCGGGGGGAGAUCGUCCCGUGUCGUCAGCCCUCAGAGGAAGUCGAUGCCAGGAACUACCUGCCCUGCCCGCUCUGCCUCGGCUUCUUCCUGCGGGCCGACCUCUGGAAGCACCAGGCCUCCUGCCGCAGGAAGAUGACCUCUGACCCUGCGGGACACACGACCUCUGACCCCACAGGACACAUGACCUCUGACCCCGCAGGACACACGACCUCUGACCCCACAGGACACAUGACCUCUGACCCCGCAGGACACACGACCUCUGACCUUCCAGGACACACGACCUCCGACCCCAUGGGAGACACGACCUCUGACCCCACAAGAGACACGAUCUCUGACCCCGCAGGACACACGACCUCUGACCCCACAAGAGACACGACCUCUGACCCCGCAGGACACACGAUCUCCGAACCCGUGGGACACAUGACCUCUGACCCUGCAGGAGAUACGACCUCUGACCCCUUGCGAGAUUCUCCCACAGCGAACUGUACAGUGGUUUCUGACCCUGGGACAAAGCGUCCGUUGACCUCUGACCCUGAAUCAGGACAGACUGUGACCUCUGACCCUGUGGGGGAUCGACCCAGGAAGCGGUGCAGGGUCCAGGCGGCAGCAUCACGCCUCCUGCCGGUUUCCAGCGGAGCGUCGGAGAGCUGCAGCGAAGUCCUGCACCGCAUGAACCAGGACGCCGUGUCCCACCAGGUUAAAUCUGAUUGGUUGAUCUGUAAAUAUGGUAACAGGCUGAUGUCGAGCGAGGAAGGCGGUCAGAUGAAGUACGACUACGUCAGCAAGAAGCUGCGGGAGCUCGGAAGGUUUCUCCUCGCCGCCAAGUCCCUGGACUCGAACGUGUGGAGCCUCCAGGACGUCCUGGCCCCGCCCCGACUCCGGCUGGCGCUGGCGGCCGCCAGGAAGGCGUCCGGGUACCGGUCGAGCCGCCUGCCCCUGGCGGUGAAGACGGCGCUGAAGACGGUUUGUGAAAUCGCCAUCGGAGAAAGUCUGCAGGACGGCGACUGGGAGGCGGCGGCCAAGACCACCGACUUCUACGAGCUGCUGGGGCGCGAGUGGGACGCCCUGAGCCCGACCCCCGACCCCGACACAGAUGCCAUGGCAGGGGGGGCGGGGCUAAAGAAGCAAACACAACAGAGAGGAAGUGAGGUCAAGUGUAAAGGCGGGGGGGUGGAGCAACCUGACCCGAGACCAGCCGAGUCCCCUGACCCCGACCUGAGACCACAGGACGUUCGUCCAGAGAUCAGUGAGAGACAGACGCCACCAGGAUUUAGAAUGCUAACCCACGUUAACACUCCUGCGCCAUCCAGGAAGGUCCGUCGCCGCCCCUGGUCAUCUGCAGAGAAAGAGGCGGUCUGGAGGCAGCUGGGGGUCCAUGUUUUGGUCCAGUCUGUCCCGGGUAAGGAGGUCUGCCAGCGAUGUCUGGACCUAGAGCCGGCCCUCAGAGGUCGCCACUGGAAGGACGUCAAGAAUCAUGUCCACAACCAGAUCCAGAGCCAGAAGAAACAGCAGUUCCACGCCCAGAUGGAUCACCAAGAAAACCAGGACCACCAGAUCCAGAGCCAGAAGAAACAGCAGUUCCACGCCCAGAUGGAUCACCAAGAAAACCAGGACCACCAGAUCCAGAGCCAGAAGAAACAGCAAUGCCAUACCCAGAUGAACCACGAGGACCAGAUCCAGAAGAAACAGCAGUUCCAUUCCCAGAUGGACCACCAGAACCAGAUCCAAAUAAAUAAUCAGAAAAAACAACAAUAUUUGGUCCAGAUGAAUCACCAGGACCAGGUCCACAUCCAGAAGAAGCAGCCAUACCAGGCUGAGAUGGACCGAGACCACCAGGACCAAGGUCUCCUGGGUGGAACAGCCCUGGCCAGAGACACUCCAAUUCCCCCAUCUUACAUCGCUGGGGGGCCUCAUCGGGCCUCUGGACAGAUGCUGCUGGAACAAAACCCUAUCAGCUCAUAUCCGGCCCCACAUCGGGCCCCGGGGCCCCCCAUGGACGGGCCGUUAUCUAGGGCAGCAUGGACUGAUGGGCCUCUGACCGGGAAUUACCCUAUCAGCAGACAGCUGACCAUGAACCCACACCAAGACACACCCCCAGGAGCUCCGCCCACUCCACACUCUGGACACACCCAGUUCUGACAGCCCUGAGUGUGGAAGACGCUAACAUGACAUGACAUGCUAACGAGGCGUCACCUGGCUGUGACGUCACCUGGAGGGUGCACUUCCUGAAAACGUAAGGGGUCAUCCUCUUGAGACAAAGAGGAUGACCCCCCCCACCCCAGUCUCCUCUUCAGGCAGUUCAAGAUGUUUGAUCACCUGUCACCUGUGCAGCAGGUGUAGCCACGCCCCUUCCAGUGACUUCAAACACACCUUUCAAGUAAAUCAUUGGUUUACAUCAGGACGUGACCUGCACACCUGAUCCAGGGCCCUGUCCCCUGCAGCUGGAUUAUCAUCCCCGGGGUUUCUCUUAGUUAUCUGGCUUCACUUAACCAGACAUCCACAAUCCGGAUUUUGGGUCCCAUAAAGGCGGUUAUCAACUCGCUAACUGAACCCAGGCUUUUCAAUCUAGAUCUGUGCGCUCACAGAAAAAGGGUGGAGUUUGCUGCAGACGACCAAUCACAGACAAGGAAAAAUCCACCUGAGCCGCAUACUUUACGACGGAGGAGCAGACAAUAAUCUGAAAUAAAUAUGAGGAAUAUAAAUCCAUCAUCCAGGCAAAAAGCAACACAGCUGCAGCCACAAGGAAUGCUGGGAAAAAAUCACCGACUGUGUCAAUGUGUAAAUUAUUGGGAUUAUAGUCUGACUUCCCCUCCAUGACGGCACGAGUCGAUCUGACUGCAGUAA